CCUACAGCAGCUUUAUAGAAGAAUGCAGACCUGGUGAUACUAAUAUUAUGCUGUGUGUAUGAUUGUGUGUGUGUCUGGGGGGCAUACUCCACCCAACACUUGCCCUCAUGUAAUUGGCAUAACCAGCUCUAUCUCAUUAUUUUCCCCAUACCAACACAUACUUCUAUAUUAUAAACAAACCGAGAUCCACAUAUGCAAGUAGCUGGACCUGAAAUGGGAUUCAGUGAUAAAAAAACAAACAAAAUCACACAUGCAAGGGGAGAAAAUGACAUUUUAAAUAGGCUUCUUGGUUCCUUAUCCGGGGACUAGCAGGCAAGUUGUGAUUGGCUAGUAGAGUCACAUGGUGAAACUAACUUUACGGGGUCGCCAGCUAGUAGGAGGGCUUUAUGGAGCAGAAAAACGACAAAGCGAGAAAAAUUAUUUUCCACUCCAGAAAUUAAUGAUCAUGAGUUCGUAUUUGAUGGACUCUAACUACAUCGAUCCGAAAUUUCCUCCAUGCGAGGAAUAUUCGCAAAAUAACUAUAUACCAGAGCACAGUCCGGAAUAUUAUACCCGGUCCAGGGACACUGGAUACCAACAUCAUCACCAGGAACUGUUCCCUCCAAGAACUGGCUACCCAGAGCGACAGUUCAGCUGUGCCAGCAUCCAGGGUCCAGGCAACCCCUCUACACACACCAGCACCAGGGUCCAUGGGCAGCCCCAGAGCAACCAUCACCUUGUAGGCAAACCCCAGCUCUGUGAGCUCCCCACACCCUCCAUUCCCACCACCACCUCUACUACCUCUCCAUCCCCUGCUGCACCCCCAGCCUGUAAUCUGCCCAACUCAGAGCAUCCCAGCAGCACAGCUUCCAAACAACCCAUAGUCUACCCCUGGAUGAAGAAAAUACACGUCAGUACUGUGAAUCCAAAUUAUACUGGGGGAGAACCUAAGAGAUCCAGAACUGCCUAUACAAGACAACAAGUCUUAGAACUGGAAAAAGAGUUUCACUAUAACAGAUAUCUGACCAGGCGAAGGCGCAUUGAAAUAGCCCAUUCCUUGUGCCUCUCGGAAAGGCAGAUCAAGAUCUGGUUUCAGAACAGGAGGAUGAAAUGGAAAAAAGACCACAGAUUACCUAAUACUAAAGUCAGGUCCUCGGCUUCAUCCAAUGCUGCCAUCAUUACAUCCAAUUCUGCUGCCAAUGAGGAUCUAACGCAAAGCUCAACUCAGGAUCAGCGAGAGGAUAUUACAAGGUUAUAAACACAUCACAAAAAAAACAGAAAUCCAAACAGAUGACUGAUUAUUUAUAGAUUCUAAUUAUAAAAAAUAUAUAUAUAUAUUUUGGUUCAUGUAGAUUUUUUGUUUUCAUUGUGCGUUGGAAAUAUUGAGAGAUCUUUUGGAUCUUCAAAAAAAAAAGGCUUUUAAUGCAUGUCAUAAAGCAUGGAGCCAGGUUUUAUGUAGUAUUGUUUUAUUUGUAUGUUUUUUACGCCAUUUUUGUUAUUAUUAUUAUUAUUAUUAUUAUUAUUUAUUUUUAUGAAAAAAAAAUGAAUGUUCUGAUUCAGUGAAUUUCUAAAGUUUAAAAAAAAAAAAACUUGAGUUUUAUUUCUGCCCUUUAAAUAUUUAAAAUAUCAAGUCUGGUAACUGUAGUCGAACAAUAAUAUUGAGAUGGAAAAUUCUUUUUGUAUUAAAUAUUAUUACGUGAUAAGCUUAUUUAAGAACAUAAAAAUAGCAACUUAACAGAUAAUGGUUUGUCUGUUUAAAAGCAAAAAACUAUAAUGUGAAGAAAUUUUAAAGAAAGUUUCCAAGUGGGUAGAUAGAUAUUUUUGUUGUGGAUACUGUGUAUGUUUUAUUUUAGUUGAGAUUACAAUGUAAAACAAUUAUUGCUAUUUACAGUCCUAGUGCAAUGUGAACGUCUCCGUGUUCAAUAAAAACAGUGAGUGUGUUUUAGUUUA